GACGAAUAGGAAGCAGCAAGGACCCCCUGACCCUGCUUUCCAAGUUUGAACUUCCUUCUUCCUUCUUCCUCAUUCUUUGUAUUCGUUAUUCUUCUUCUGUUAAUGAUGCUAACUACCUGAACCACUUGUUCAAAUCGCAAAGUUUGCGUUGAGGCACUGUUAUUGCGGAGGAAGAAAGAGCGAGAAAGCAGUGCAGCUGAAGAAUAAUUGACAUUUGAAAGGCAUAAUUAUUAAGAGAGCGACAAUGAGAACCCUCUGCGACGUAUGCGAAAACGCCGCUGCAAUUUUAUUCUGCGCCGCCGACGAGGCCGCUCUUUGCCGCUCUUGCGAUGACAAGGUCCACAUGUGUAACAAACUUGCUAGUAGACAUGUUCGAGUUGGACUUGCUGAUCCUAGUGAUGUUCCUCGAUGUGAUAUAUGUGAAAAUGCACCUGCUUUCUUUUACUGUGAGAUAGACGGUAGUUCGUUGUGUCUACAAUGUGAUAUGAUAGUACAUGUUGGUGGUAAAAGAACUCAUGAAAGGUAUCUCUUGUUGAGACAGAGAAUUGAGUUUCCAAGUGACAAAACUGGUGGAUUGGAUGAAUUUGGAUUGCAAACUUUGGAUCAAAAUGAACCAAGGAGAGACCAGAGUCAAUCAAUCAAGCUAAAUGCAAGAGAUAACCACCAGAGUCACAAUCACAAGGUUAUAUCAGUUACAAUGCUAGAAAAUAAUAUUGAUGGUCAUAGAAAAAUGGACAAAAAACUCUUUGAUCUUAAUACCCGGCCACAACGGAUAAAUGGUUCAACAUCAAACAACCUGGAUAAGGAUAUAUUGGGCAGUAAUAAUCAUGAUUCUAUUGGUGUUGUACCGGUAGAAUUGUUCAAACAAGAAGCUGAGAAGUAAUUAAGAUAUUACUAGAGAAUUGACUUCCAUGCUUACUGAGGGUUUCAAUUCUUACUCAAAUUAUUCAUCUAGACCAUUGAUGUUUAUAGAAAUUGCAUUAGCCCCUGUAAAAAGUUUGAUAGAUUAAGAAAAUUUUCGAAAAGUCUACCACUACCAACAAAAGAUGCUUAUUUGACAUUAAAUGGAUUUGUGCUAAUCAUGAUAUUUAUCAUGACUUGAGAAAGGAUUAAGAUUUUUACAAUAGGCACAUAAAUCCUCCUCCAAUAAUUGUACCUCUUAAUUUAUAGCACUAAUGUUUUAUUUACAAAUUAUGUAUGGCCUGUCAUGUACGCAAAGCCACAGUUGGUUGAUCAAUCUAAUUUUAUUGCAGUUUAAUAAAGGUUCAUGAGCUAUAUUAUAGUCUAGCUAGUAUUCAGGUACACGAGAAUUGGAGUGAAAACUAAUUUGAGUUGGCCCUUGGACCAAUAUAUGGAAGAAAUAAUACACCAAAAUUGUAAGAGUUUAUUAAUAAACUUAAUUUCAUUAAACAAAAGUUUUGAUACAAGAGACAAUAAAACUAUCUAUACAGUAGUAGUGCAUAACAAAUUUGUCAAAGGGAGCAAACAAGUUAGUUGAAAUCCUAUGGAAUAGGUAAUCACUAUAGCAAUUGAAACUCAUAUUCAACUUAUCAACUAUCAUGUAGACUAGGGCUGGCAAUGGGUAGGGUAGGGUAGGGUUUGGACCCUACUCUAACCCUACCCACGGGUUGAAAAUUUCAUUAAAACUCUACCCUACUCUAUCCGCGGGUUGAGAAUCUCUCAACCCUAACCCUACCCGCACCCUAAAAUUCUAAACCCUACCUUACCCUACCCUAUCCGUAGAAAUAUC